AUGAUGAAAGCCAUGGAGGAUCAAGUAGUCCAAGAAGAACUAGGAUACCAGGAUGAUGAGGAAUGCUUUUUCCAGGAUAUUGACCUGCUGCAGAAGCAUGGAAUUAACGUAGCAGAUAUUAAGAAACUGAAGUCAGUUGGGAUCUGCACGAUCAAAGGAAUCCAGAUGACCACAAGACGGGCACUGUGCAAUGUAAAAGGGCUUUCGGAGGCCAAAGUGGACAAGAUUAAAGAAGCUGCAAACAAGCUUAUUGAACCAGGCUUCCUGACUGCCUUUGAGUACAGUGAAAAACGGAAGAUGGUAUUUCAUAUUACUACUGGCAGCCAGGAAUUUGAUAAACUUCUGGGUGGUGGGAUUGAAAGCAUGGCAAUCACGGAGGCCUUUGGAGAGUUCCGGACAGGCAAAACCCAACUAUCUCACACCCUUUGUGUGACAGCUCAGCUUCCAGGACCAAACGGCUACACUGGUGGAAAGAUUAUCUUCAUUGAUACUGAAAACACUUUCCGACCGGACCGUCUCCGUGACAUUGCUGAUCGUUUCAAUCUUGACCAUGAUGCAGUACUGGACAACGUGCUGUACGCACGUGCAUACACUAGUGAACAUCAGAUGGAAUUGCUUGACUACGUAGCAGCCAAGUUCCAUGAGGAAGCUGGUAUUUUCAAGCUAUUGAUCAUUGACUCCAUAAUGGCGCUUUUCCGUGUGGAUUUCAGUGGUCGUGGGGAGCUGGCUGAACGACAACAGAAACUCGCUCAGAUGCUGUCAAGGCUCCAAAAAAUAUCAGAAGAAUAUAAUGUAGCCGUGUUUGUGACCAACCAGAUGACUGCUGAUCCAGGAGCGACGAUGACCUUUCAGGCAGACCCAAAAAAGCCCAUUGGGGGCCACAUCCUUGCUCAUGCUUCGACUACCAGGAUUAGCUUGAGGAAAGGAAGAGGAGAACUGCGUAUUGCAAAGAUAUAUGACAGCCCUGAGAUGCCUGAAAACGAAGCCACGUUUGCAAUAACUGCUGGAGGGAUUGGGGAUGCCAAAGAAUAG